AUGAAUUCAUAGAAAUGAAACUAAAUUCGUCCAUGACCCAUUUUGUCAGUGGCACCAAUUGAAACUAUACAGAGGGAAGGAAGUAAAAGAAUGUGUUAUAAAGGACGAGAUAGAGGAAACUUUGUACAGAGGAGUGGCUGAACUAAGAUGACAGAGGGAGGUUGCUAAAAGGAUGUGUUAAGAUGGACGAGGUAAAGGAAAUUCUGUAUACCUAAAGGUAGGUGCCACAGUAAGACAGGCGUGAAGGAAGUGCAGUGCGAGGGAAGAGCUCAAAGAGACAAGGAAGAUCAGAGUUCAUCAGAAAGUGUGGCGAUUGUGUAGUGCAUUAAAUACCAGAUUGACAAUCAUGCAUGCACGAAUGGAAUAUGCAAAUUAGCAGGAAUUACGGAGUCAAUCAUACAAUUCAGGAAUGAAAUAGCAGAGAUCCGAUGUGUCAUCCAGCACACACACACACACACACACACACACACACACACACACACACACACACAUUUCGUAUAAUUUAACAUUUUAAUGUAUCAUCUGACUUCAUUACCACUAUGUACAACAACAACAAUAACAACAACAACAACAACAACAACAAUAACAACAACUACUACUACUAUUACUACUACUACUACUACUACUACUACUACUACUACUAAUAAUAAUAAUAAUAAUAAUAAUAAUAAUAAUAAUAAUAAUAAUAAUGAUAAUAAUAAUACUGACACUUGGUUUUUUUAUGUUAUAGGGGGACGUAGGGUUACAAAGACUUACAGAGAAGGAUAAAAACCGUAGGAGGGUACUUUGGAAAUUAAAGUUGUGUCGCCACUACUACUACUACUACUACUACUACUACUGCUACUGUACCAUGACAGCUGCGUUUACAAGUCAAAAACGCUCAUUUAAACUUAUACUUUGCACAGGUGUUCUUGGUUACGAUGCAGGUGAGGGCAGGAACCGGCCGGGGUGAGUGUAGAAAACUGCACUCCGUUGCGGUGAGGUAAAAGUGACACGUGGACGUAUUACCACUGAGAAACUGAUUAAACUGCCUUAUUGGAUUAAAAAAUAAAUAAAUAAAGAAAGAAAAGAAAAAAGAAAAGAAAAAAGAAAAAAGAAAGAAAAAAACAGGAAAAGCGAAAGGAAUAGUGAAGACAAGUGCAGAAUUCUUGUUAAAUUAUCGUUAAAAUCAAGAAAAUAGUCUUAAAAACCUCCGUAAUUUAAACUAGAGCUGUUGAAAGCACUGGAAAUAACAAACAUAACAAUAUCAGGAAGAAUGACUUUCCUUACUGUACAUGGAGUCUAGUGCCUUCAUGUGAAACAAACUUCAGUUAUGUGAUGCACCGAUUCCGGCGCAGUCAAGUUGAGGCUGAGAUUAAUAUAAUGUGUAUAAUGAUCGGUGGGUAUUCUUUACUGUGUGACGAAACCCUCAUAGUGACACACACGGUCACGCCUCUGUUUCAGGAAAGAAGAACCUUGUCCAUCUGGAUGCACUGGAAGUACUGGAAGUGCUAUCUCUACCUGCUGAUCGGCGUCCUCUUGGCUUUGUCUCUCCAUUACAUCGCCCUAUGCAUCAGCCCGACCACGCUCCAAGCUGUCCCCAGGGAGGGUGCCUUCCUUACUGAGCCCAAGCUACCUCAAAGCCAAGUCCGAAACGACUCGGAUCACUCAGUCCAAGAACAGCCAGGAAAUUCAAGCCAAGAACACACAAGCCAAGACCACGGACACUCCAGAAGACUGGAGGUGAUGCCUGUCAUGGGUACCCAGCUCACCAGUGACUCACACACCACGAUAUUCAACUGUACCAAGGGGGAACCUCAAGACAGUAAACCAGCUGCCGGAGAGACACCGGGGCCUCUACACGAGUGUUCGGUGGAGGUGGAGUUGAGUCCGUGCUCGUGCAAGCGGACCAUCACAGUUCGCCUGCCUGAGCCGUGUUUCAGCACCUCCCCUGUGCGUCUCCUGCAACACAUCAAGGACAGUCUCGGGGAGUCAGCGUGCAGUGACAUCGCUACUCUCAGAGGCGCGGGACAAAAGGUCGUGAGUUACUCUGUGGGCGGCCUUAAGUCUGCUGAUCACGUCUUUGGAGCACUUCAGCUAGUGCCACGUGUUGCAGAGAUGUACCCAGGCUGGAUCAUGAGGUUAUACACUGACGCCUCCACCGACCCUUACACUUGGGUGUGUCCCUUCGUCUGCACCAACCCCCACCUGGACGUGUGUGACGCCGCUCAGUUGCCAGGUCUGGGUAACGUGAACCGCUCCCACCCAAGGAUGUGGAGGUUUGCCACAAUGGGGGACCCACUGGUGCAUCUGUACUUGAUGCGUGACGCGGACGCGCCCUUGGUGCAGCGUGAGGUGGACGCCGUGAACCACUGGCUCCAGGCAGGCACGUGCUACCACGUGAUGCGGGACCAUCCUGAACACGGGGUCUCCAUGCCAGCGGGGAUGUGGGGAGGCUGCCUGGACAAAUGGAAUCCGAAAGAGAAUGUCUUGAGGACCCGUACCACAGCACUCUGUAGCACCUCCUCUAAUGACCAAGAUAUUUUAUGGAGGGAACUGUGGCCCGUGGCUUGCCGUAACGCAACAGUUCAUGACGCUUACACCUGCAAGAGGUUCCCAGGUUCCCUGCCCUUCCCAUCACGGAGGUUCAGUUUCAAUUAUGUAGGAAUGAGGAUGUACAGGAAACAUUUCAAGAAAGAUAAGGUCCAUAGUAAGUGUCCUGCAGCCUGCCGGCCCAAGGAACACCAGGAUUGGCUGUAUUGCUGAUGGUCACCCAGGUCACUACCAGCAUGUGCAGAUGAGCAGCCCUGAUCAACAGACCUUUCUUUUGAGACUGAUUCAUAUGUGGGCCUAUUUUGUUCACCCUUUUUUCUUGCCCUUGACAAGUACCCCCACUUACAUAUAUAUAAAGAAGUGCCUGUCAUUAGACACACUCAACAGGCAAAGCGGCAAAAUGCCCGAGUCUGUGUUUAGCAAAACCAGCAGGCAGUACCUGCUCACUUGAGCCAGGCAUUGGAGCUACAAAGCUGUCAAGACGUCUCUUCCAUUUAGCUGUUCAUUCCGUGAUAUUUUCUUGUUUACCUUUAUACAAACAGCCAUAAUCAUCUUACACAACACUGCUUUCUUCUCAAUAACACUUGGCACCAUGUUCAUCAUCUGUAUGCUGCCCUUGCAUCAACUCAGCCGUGUGGAUGGCAUUCAAGUGCAUCCCCUGCAGAAUAUACCCACUGUUGUGCCUCUGCCCACCAUCAGCUGUGUGCACUCCUUGCCUUACAUUUGGCAAGCACUCUGAAGCAUCAUAUGUAAGGAGUGUUCCUGCUACUUUUUUCAAUUUAUGUUAAACUAGGCAUUUGAUGUUUGUAAGAGUGUGGGGCAUGUUUUCCCCAAUUUAUAGCAAAGUAUUUUACAAACCUGAAGUUUUCAAAUCUUGUACAUUUAAUGAACUAGUAUACCCAUGUUUGAUCAUCAUGGGAACUCUUGCAGUCACCAUAUUCUUUGCUGCUAUAUUCCCUGAAAGCACCCAAGUUAAUGUAGGUUGCUUGUUCUCAACCUCAACAAACUCAUGACAGUCAUCACCACCACCACCAUCACUUGCAUAGGGCACAAUACACAGCAUUUAUUAACUUUACCAGUUGGUUUACUGGUUUAUUCUUGCUUUGAUCAUUUAGUACAUUUAUAUGGAGACAAAGAACAUUUUCAGUAUUUCCAGUAAUUUUAAAUAAUAAAAAGUUGUGAGGAAAAA